UUCCAUAAUAAACCUAACAUGACCAUUUGCGCAAUUCCGCUGCCAUUUGGUUUAUACUUGAGCUGAAGGGGACAGAACGUGCAUCGACGGGUUUGUCUCCUCUCGUUUUUCCCAUCCCAUUUUUCCUCCGUACACGGAAAGCUCCCUGCCCCCUGAUUCCUCAGGCGCCCGGAUGCACACCACCACCACCAGCAGCAGCAGCAGUAGUAGUAGUAGUCAGUCGGUCGGUCAGGCAGUCAGGACAAACAUGGUCGCCAGAGCUGGAGGAAGCGUUUAGGAAUCUCCGCGCUGAAAUUCGUCUCAUUGAAGCGAGGGCGCUUACACUGAUCCCCGAAGCACGUUAAAGCAUCUCCGGAGGACUGAUUUCUCUUCUCGCUGAAGGCAUCUUUGUGGACAGGACACUUAGAGGGCCAAACAAUGGAAUGCUCUCUCCUGCCUACACUGCUCAGCACUCAACAGACUGAGGUUAAACGGCUUAGUUAGCAGUGUGCCUCUCCCACAACAACUCUUUUAGCCUGGGGAAAGUUGGGAGAAAAACCAGCGAAGGAGAAUUUCCUUCAUAGUACAGCACUUUACUCCUGUUCUUUGUAGUUGCUCGCUUGGGAUUCAUUUGGAAGCUUUGCGUGAAACAAAAAUCAAGAUGGAUUUGGAACCGUACCUGUGGAUGGUCGUGCUUGGCUUCAUUAUAGCCUUCAUCCUGGCAUUUUCAGUGGGGGCCAAUGACGUGGCAAACUCGUUUGGCACAGCGGUCGGGUCAGGGGUGGUGACACUACGUCAGGCCUGCAUCCUGGCUUCCAUAUUUGAGACACUUGGCUCCAUACUGCUCGGUGCCAAGGUCGGGGAAACCAUUCGGAAGGGAAUUAUAGAUGUCAGUUUAUACAAUGAGACCGUGCCGAUACUGAUGGCGGGAGAGGUCAGCGCCAUGGUUGGGUCUGCGGUUUGGCAGCUCAUUGCCUCUUUUCUGAAGUUGCCCAUUUCUGGAACUCAUUGCAUUGUGGGAUCUACUAUUGGCUUCUCCAUGGUUGCUAUUGGCACUAAAGGAGUGCAGUGGAUGCAGUUAGUCAAAAUCGUUGCUUCAUGGUUCAUCUCCCCUCUGCUGUCUGGUCUCAUGUCUGGUCUGCUUUUCUUCAUCAUCAGAUAUUUCAUUCUUAGCAAGGAUGACCCUGUUCCCAAUGGUCUCCGUGCUUUGCCCCUCUUCUAUGCGUCCACCAUCGGAAUCAACACAUUCUCCAUCAUGUACACUGGAGCUCCCUUACUGGGCUUGGAGAUGCUCCCCGUCUGGGCUAUUGCCCUCAUUACUUUGGCUGGUGCUCUGGUAUGUGCCGGUCUGGUCUGGAUUUUCGUUUGCCCCUGGAUGAGAAGGAAAAUUGCAAGUCGGCUGAAGAAAGCACAUGCUCUUUCCCGCAUCUCUGAUGAGAGUUUGGAUAAAAUCCCGGAGGAGGAAGAGGAAGCCCCCGUCUUUAAAGAGCUUCCAGGUGCAAAAAGCAUCAACGAUGCUGUGCUGCCCCUGACAGAGGAGUCGACAGGAGAGCUGAACAGCCUGGCUAAUGGAGGCACCGUCCUGCCCCACGGCAGAGUGUAUGGUCGCACUAACUCCAUGACCAACGGCUGCCUCAAGUCACCCGUGUCCAAUGGGGCCUUCAGCUUUGACGGACACAUGCGCAGUGAUGGCCAGGUCUAUCACACCGUACACAAGGAUUCUGGUCUCUACAAGGACCUCCUACACAAGAUCCACCUGGGCCGCCUGGAAGACGAGCGCAGCGGCUCACGUCCCGACAACAGCUACCGUCACCUCCGCCGCAACAACAGCUAUACAUGUUACACAGCAGCCAUCUGCGGCAUGCCGGUGCAGCCCCUGAUACGGUCGGAGUCCAGCGCCCCUCCUCCAGAGGACAGCGAGAAGCUAGUGGGCGAUACGGUCUUCUAUUCGAAGAAGCGAUUACGCUAUGACAGCUAUUCCAGCUACUGUAACGCGGUUGCGGAGGCUGAGAUUGAAGCGGAGGAAGGUGACGUGGAUGUGAAGUUGGCGGCAGACAAAAGGGAGCCCCGGGCCCCUGUUGAAGCGGUGCUGGAGGACUGCGUUGAUGAGGACAAGGAGGAGAAGGACAAGCCGCAAAUCUUCCUGCUCUUUCACUUCCUGCAAAUCCUCACCGCCUGUUUCGGAUCGUUUGCGCAUGGUGGGAAUGAUGUCAGUAACGCAAUUGGUCCUUUGGUGGCCCUGUGGAUGAUUUACGAACAGGGUGGAGUGAUGCAGGAUGCUGCCACACCGGUCUGGCUGCUAUUAUAUGGUGGCAUAGGAAUCUGCACUGGACUGUGGGUUUGGGGUCGACGUGUCAUUCAAACAAUGGGCAAAGACCUCACACCCAUCACCCCCUCCAGUGGAUUCACUAUUGAGCUGGCCUCAGCGCUCACUGUUGUUUUGGCGUCCAAUAUCGGACUUCCAAUCAGUACGACACACUGCAAGGUGGGCUCAGUGGUGGCGGUGGGCUGGAUCCGAUCCAAGAAGGCUGUGGACUGGCAUCUCUUCCGGAACAUCUUCCUGGCCUGGUUUGUGACCGUCCCUGUAGCAGGCCUCUUCAGCGCUGCUGUCAUGGCCCUGUUUGUCUACGGCAUACUGCCUUACGUUUGAGGUGGAAAAUGGGGAAGAGAGGGAGGUAUAGGAAGGUAAUGACGAAAAAAAUAAAAUAAAACGGAGACACAGACAGAAAAAAGAAAUAAUAUCAAGAUAUAAGACAUAAGCCAGAGGGUGGGGGGAGUCUUCAAAUGCUGCCUGGAAAAGCAUCCAGAAUCCUUCGACUUAAAUAUCCUUAAUCUUGUCAAGAGUAUUUAUUUCCGUUUCAUUUUUCUAUUGUUUUGUUGACGUGUUACCAUAAACUCGUGAUUUCAAAUCGUGUAUUUUCAAAGUUCCAAAAAAUAGCUCUCGUACAUUUGUGGUCCUACAUGUUCAAGAUAGUAAACGGAUGGAGAACAAAAAAUACAUAUAUAUAUAUAUAUAUCAGUACAUGAAGGAUGGGACUAGAAAAUUGGUUUUAUGGCACAAUUCACAGUAUAUUGGCACAAAAUAUAGCUACGAACUACUCUUGGGCCUCUAAAUGUAAUGUUUUCAAAUGUAUCGUGUGGCUUUAUUCACUGAAGCAUCAAACUUCUACAUAAAUGACACUGAAAAGCAUUCUGCUGUUUAAAACCUACAUUAGCUGCAUUGCUAAAAUCAUACCUCAGUCAUCAACCCUCUAUGCCACAUUUAAAAGACAAGUGACAGAACCGUGCCAUCUCAUAAUACAUGAAAUAUUAUAAGAUUAAUCAUUUUUGUAGUGGUUAAUGUGUACGGAUUCCCUGUUCUUUUAUCGUUGUAUUUAUUUUUAGACAUGUUACCAUUCAUACCUUUUUAAAAACACUAGAGGCGUGAAGACUAAAUCAUAUUUUAAACUAUGUAUGCUACUAUGAUUUCUACCAUGUGUAUAUUCAGCUAUGGAUUUUAGAUUUUGAGUUUUUGUCUUAUUUCGUGGUCUUAAAUUGUAACAUUUAAGGAGACUUUAGACCAGGUUUGGUAGUUGCAUGAAACGUAUGCUUUCCAAGCAUAUGAAAAAUAUCAAAUAUUAAAAUCUGAUUUUACUUUAUGACAAGACACUACAUCCGUAAUCCUGUCAGAGCACAUCAAAAAGAGUUCUCCCAUUGCCUACCCUAAAAGAUCCUCAUAUGAGUGAAAAUUAAAACAUUCACCCUCAUUUAAAGAUAAACUGUAUAUUCAGUAUUUAAUGAGGAGCUAGCUAGGAGUCUUAUCUGAGGUAUUGCAUUUAAAACUUUCUGUAAUUCAGCUUUUGUAUACAUAUCAACUCUUUUUGGAAGAUUAAUAGCCAAAGAUUGUGAUGAUCAAGCUGAAUUGCCAUACACUGACAGCGUUUGUAAUUACAAUCUAAACAAUAUCCAAACAAAAGUAAUCAGAUUGUCUCUGUAUUGUGGAUAGUAUAUAAAGAAUGCUAGUAGAUCGGUCUAGCAAUAAUAUAUAAUGUUCUUAGAGCCCUGUGGAUAAUGCCAACAUAAAUACCUGUAUGUGCCAGAACAGCCAAAAUCACUUACGGUGAACCCAUAAAACCAGCACAAACAUAGAGGCAGUGUCAGACGCCAGGCCUAAAUAAAAUCAGCAUCCAGAUACUUGAUUCAGCCUCACUGAUAAAGCCUUCAGUUCUAAUAUCAAAUUCAGCUUUAUCAGAAGAGGAGUUUGUUUAACAUCAGGUCAGUAAGUGAUUCAGUGGCACAAAUGUGUCGUAUAACGGAAGGUCGAUAUGUAACGACCUAUUCUAUGACACCACAAGAAACCAAAAAGUCUCAUGAUUUCAGUCCAAAAAAGGCCGGACUCGCAUCAAAUGACCAUGUGAUAUCAGGUCAACUGGGUUUAGAUGUUUGUCAGACACUGUUGUAAUCUGCCUCGGGAUAGUCGCCAGAUUUGGAAACUGUACAAACGUGUGGCUUUGAACCAAUGCAAAGUGUUGCUGUUUCUUUUUUUUUUCUUUUUUUUUUUUGUGUGUAUUUUGUUUUUAUUUUUCAUCAAGAACAAAUCUAUGCUCAUACGGCCAUUUGCCUUGUUGUGCUUUACUGUUUGUUGGAUACAGUAACUUCAGUACUGUGGUGUUUACAUUGUAAUCAUAUUGUAGAAUAACUCAUUAAACUUGCCUAAAAAUGCCAAUCAACUAACUAUUAAUUACAAAUUAAAUAUGAAAUAACCAGGAGUAGUGCAAAGGUGUUUAAUGGCAUUUUUGUGUUUAGCAGUGUGAAUCAUGAUGAUCCUGUGUUACAUCACACUGCUAUAUGUAGUACACAACUUAACAUGGUGGAUAUGAUUAAAAAAAUAAAGAAAUUAAUAGAUAUAAAUUUCAUUAAACUAUAUUUUUCUACAUAAAUAUAUAUAUAUAUAUGUUCUACCUGGGUGGUGACUUCUCACAUGGAGAGGAAACUGGGCUCCUGAGCAGUGAUUAUGUUGAAAUUCAGUGCUUAAUAACACGGAGCAAUUUCAUAAAUAUGGUUAUAUCGCAAAAGUGUCUAAAAAGUUCAGGCAGGGGAUCGUAAUGUGGAUUGGUUCCAUAUAUCCAUUUUUUUUCUUGCCUAGGGAUGUCUCUCACUUGUGUGAGAGAGUGGUUGAGAUUUGUUAAAAUUCAAACAGUUUUUCAUGAUUCUUUUUUGAAAAGUAAGGCUGAAUAACUUUGUAAUUUUGUUUCCCUGAAAUGCAAUAUUGAGCUGCCAGAAUGAGGUCGAUCAAACCUCCACCAGCAGUGGCGAUAACACCGUUUAGACUCAGACAGGGACACAGCAAGAUUCAGUAAAACUUUACUAACCUGCAUCAACCUGGCGAUAUAAUCUGCCUUUCUGCUAUUGGUUUGUUUUUUAACGGCACGCCAGCUAAAUCUUCCACAUACGAAGUAAAAAACAUUCUUUACGCAAAUACACGAACGCAGACGCUUGACACUCGUGUUUUGGUCUUGCGCUAACAAAGCUCAGUAUUUAAAGAGCAUUUAAAUUUUAAAGGUAUCUUACGUUAAACUAAAUGUGUUAAUAAAACUUGUGUUAAUAAAUUGUUGCUGCAUCAUGACAGUAGUUGAUCGACAAGUAAUUUAUGCUAUUUUGAUGCCCCUUGAGGCAGUGCUGAGAGUUGCGUUAAAUUUAGGAAUCGCGUCUGCGUUCAGGGAUUUGCGUAACCGAACAUUAGGCUGCUGUAGUUUGGCCACAGAGUUAGUUUUGAGUUACAUAUUCAAAGAAUGGCAUGUGAACCACUAUUAUAUUAAAUCACAGUCAGAAACGAUAAAAGAGAUCGCUAUCGCUAUGUAAGGCUUACAGAAACGAAAUCAUCCAGAUCCACAUGCAGUGUGUUGAUAAAAGAUUACAUAACUGUUCUUGACAGCCAAGUGACAUUCUCCCAUAGUGGUAUAAUAUAAUUUGUAAAGUUUCCAUGUUCUUAUCUGCACUAUAAAAUAGAAUGUAGCCCAAUCCUCUGCUGGCCUGCUGAUUGCCUGCUGUGUGUCGUCUCUGUUGCUACAGUAUGCUGUUACUGUCUGGUACCAUCUUAAGACAGGGCUUUAGUUUGAACCAAAACCCUAAUAUCUGCAUAUGUACUGUAUUGCUGUUCCCUUUCAUUUUGGAUAUUUUUUUUUUUUUUUUUUUUUUUGUGAAAGUUGUCUGCAUUUUAACUAAUUAAAUUAUGGGAAUUAAAAUUACAAAGAAUAACAA